AUGUUUUCCAAUGGAUUUUCUGCUGGCCUGAAGAAGGGCCAGGUUGAUUUGUCCAUCUUCGACCUGGGCGGGACAGAGUUUCAGGGACAUUUGGAGGCACUACUUCCCGAGUCCCAUGGUGUCAUUUUCGUGGUGGACUCCAGCGAUGUCCAACGGAUGCAGGAAACCAGGAAAGUCCUGGCCAAAGUCCUUGGGCACCCUCGUGUCGCUGGGAAGCCAGUUCUUCUUCUGGCAAACAAACAGGAUGUGAAUGGGGCCCUGUGCGAGGAUGACAUCAUUGACUGUCUGUCGCUGGAGGAAACCGUUACCCUGAACAAAUGCUACUGUCAAAUCGUACCGUGCUCGGCUGUGAAAAAGGUCGGGAAGAAAGCCAUCAAGAGCGGGCUGGACUGGCUUUUGAAAACCGUGGCCAGAGAUUACGAUGUCAUCAGUGAGCGUGUGCAGAAGGACACGGAGGAGCAGAGGGAGAAGGAGGCUGUGGAGAUGAGAGAGCGGGUCGAGAGGGUGCGUCUGAUUCGGGAGGAGAGGGAAAACAGGGAACGGGAGGAGGCUGAACAAGAGGGAAGGACAACAGAGACAGAAGAUGAGGGCAACAUGGCUAACCUAUUCAAGCCAACAGGAGACAUCAACUCCGAGAUGGGGGACAAGCAGAAAACAAACAGUGAGCUGCAGAUCACAAAGACUGACGCAGACAGCUGUCCAGAAAAGAAGUGGAAGUUUUGGCAGUGGAAGAAGAACAGGGUGGGGCCUCUGUCGUCAGUCUCAGCUAAAACACCUCGCCGCCUCAUGUCUGGUUUUAAACUGUUCAGGCGCAAUGCUGUGGCCCCCUUUAAGAGCAGAAUUGAGUGACAUUGAAAUUAUCUUCUGCUCAGCCUUUUCGAUUUGAGCCAGAGCAGGACAUUACUCAGCAGGGCAGCACCGACAACAGCCCUCAUUAAAUGAAUCUAAAUGAUGAAGAUCGCAGG